GGACCCGUAUACGGGCGAUGACGUGCGAUUACUAUGUCACUUUACCGGUAUUUGCAAGCCUGUGGCUUUUAACAUUCAGGUUAGGUCUCCGGACUCAUUUCUUUCCCCUUUAAGCAGUUUCGGGCCUCAUUACUCCUGCAUAAAACUCCCGAAACAUGAGGUGAACCCCCUCCCUAUCUCCCAAUUACUAACUCUGGCGCAGAUAUACACACGGAAAUGGUACAAUUUCUCAGAGCACCAAACACCAGACCAUCCGAUUGCAACGUCUAGCCUCGGAAUGCUGGGACGACUGCCACAAAAUAUCAGGGUUAUGAUCUAUGAUGUCUCAAUGCCAGCUGCUCAAAAUUUUGACUUUAGUGUUGCAUGGCCUCCGCUGAAAACCCAUCCUAAUCCUCCCAGCCAAACCCGGCAUAUCAAGCCAAAAUUCAAUUAUCAACAUUACAAUCAGCUAGGCUUCCCAAUUCCAAAGAUGGCCCACGUAUGUCGGGAGAUGCGGCAAUAUGCCAUGCCCCAUUACCGACUUUUGUGGUUUCGCUAUACGCGUACUCUUAUAGCACCUAAACAAGAAAUCGACCAACUUGCAUUCUGGAACAAACCCCCUCUGUUCUCGGGGUUUGGCUUCUUCAACCCUUCUAAAGAUCAGAUACGCAUUUACGUGAUGUACAAAUACACCGUGCAUUUACUGAAAAGCGCAACAAUACAAUGGAAUGACCCGUUUCAGGAACCUACAUGGUCCUUCAAUGACUCAACCUGGGUGAAGAGAUACAACCCAUCACACGAAACCCUUCGAGAUCCAGGGAGCCCGCCUUAUGACUAUUAUACAAUCAAGGAAAAUGGCGUUUGGAAAGACUGUGGGCAGAGAGACCCCCCAGUCUUGGUUUAGUCGGCUCUUAAUUCAUUUCGAGUGAUUCGACGCACGUUUCGAGCAAAAGCACGCAUGAGUCGAGGCCACUCUGGCUAUUAUAUACAUCUUACCGAUAGCUAAUAGCUCUGCCUGUAUGUGACUCUCGUCGGGGGAGUGCGUUCUGGGCAAACUAGCUCUGUUAGUGUGCUGAUUGCGACAGCACUCGUGGCAUCUUAUCAAAUCUUCCUUUCUGCAUGAGGCGUUCUAGACGUACUGAUAUCCGCGCUUAGCUCGCUCCCAGGGGCAUUUCAAUCUUAAUACCAUUCAUGUACCCUAAUAAAGAGGAACGCAAGCUUCGGGGAGGGGGUUUUAGGUAGGGUCGGUAAGCCAACACGCCC